ACUCACCUCCUCCCCACUCCUCACAUAAAACCAUCAGCCUCAUCAUACUAAAGAGUGUAAACACACAAAAAAAAAAAGAAAAGGAAGAAAAAUACAGAGAGAUGUACAGGUUCAGCAACUCGGUCAUCGGGUACCUUAACCUCCUAACCCUCCUAUCUUCCAUCCCCAUCAUCGCCGGAGCUCUCUGGCUGGCGAGGAGCUCCGCCACCUGUGAAUCCGCCCUCGAGACUACUCUCCUCGCCGUUGGCUUUAUUAUUCUCCUCGUCUCCCUCGCCGGGUUCAUCGGCGCUUGCUUCAACGUGGCUUGGGCUCUCUGGCUUUACCUCUUCGCCAUGUUUCUCCUUAUCUUUGCUCUUCUCUGCAUCACCUGCUUCGGCUUCGCAGUCACCGGAGGUGGCGGCGGCGUCCAGGUUUCAGGGCGGAUGUACAGUGAGUAUCACCUCGGCGAUUAUUCGGCCUGGCUUCGCAGCCGAAUCACCGAGGAGAGGUAUUGGCGAGCCGCCGUUUCAUGCGUUGUGGGGUCCAAUGCUUGCGCGGAAAUCGUGAGGUGGACCCCGCUUGAUUAUAUGCAGCGCGAUCUGACGCCUAUCCAGUCAGGCUGCUGCAAGCCACCAACCUCUUGCACAUACGAGGCCACGGCGAUAUCAAUGGCGGAGCAGGAGGAGGAUUGCUACCGUUGGAACAACGCAGCCAACAUUCUCUGCUACGGUUGCGACUCCUGUAAGGCCGGAGUGUUGGAACAAGUCCGGCGAGAUUGGCAUAAGCUCUCUGUUCUCAACGUCGUCGUCGUCAUCUUCGUCAUCGCCGUCUAUGCGCUUGGCUGCUGUGCCUUUCGGAAUGCUCGCCGCUCGAUCUCCGAUCAUCCUCAUGGUGAUAAUAGGAUGUCGAAGAUCAGACCUCAGUGGGAUCAUUACUGGGGGAGGUGGUGGCAAAAUAGAAGGGACCAGCUCUGGUGAGAAAUGAGACCUGUCGAAUUGGAAGAAGAAGGCUUGCCGCCAUGGUUUUGUUUUCUGAAGCUUCUGUUUGUUUUUGUGUACAAUUUUGCAAAGACUAAAAAACACUUUUGCAGUUUGUAUUUUUUGGGUUUACUAAUAGUUAAAAAAUAUAUAUUUGUAAUUAUAUUCCUAAUUAAA